GGAGGAAAACGUAAAGAAGGAACAAGAGGACAGAAGGAAAGAAAAGCAAAUGAGAGAAGAAGAAGACAGGAAGAGAAAACAACAGGAAGAACUUCAACAACAGGAGUGGGGACAGAAACUUCAAUCUUUGGAGAGACAGAUAAAGUUAGAGUCAGAGGAAAAAGAAAAGGAUGAAAGAAUGCUGGUACUGGCCAGAGAGCAACUGAAAAAAGAAAGAGACGACUGGAAGAACAAACAGAGAGAAUGGUGGGAGGAACGACUGAAAGAAAAUGAACAGAUACGAUGUGAGGAACAAACAAAACUGAAAAAGCUGCAGGAGGAAUAUGAAACAGAAAAAGAAAACAACAAAAAGAAAAGAGAAGAAGAGGACCGAAUCAGGAAGCAACAAGAAGAAAAAGAGAAGAAAGCCAUGGAGGAGAAGAAUAAGACACAGAUGGAGAAUCUGAAGAAAACACAUGAAGAGGAAGCCAGAAAAAAAGCUGAAGAGUUCAAUGAGUUCAAAGAGAAACACAGAAAAGACUUUAAAGCUCAGAAGGAAGAGUACGAGAAACAAAUGAGAGACAAAGAUGUGAAUUAUGAGAAACAAAUGCAAGACAAAGAUGUGAACUACGACCUCUUGAAGGCGCUUUCAGCCCACAACACUGAAGAAAUGAAGAAGACACACCGAGCUGCACUCUGUAAAACAGUGAAGUGUGUCACCAAGAAGAAACAAAAUAUGCAAAAAGUCAACAACUUACUGAAAAAACACGAAAAAGAAACGAAGAAAGAACAAACUAAGGAGGUAAGGGAGAAACUGAAAGAAACUCAUGAAUCAGAAAUAACUGAUCUGUUGGAGGAGCUCAUGAAGGAAGUGGACUCAUCAUCAGGGUGUACAAUUCUAUAAGAUGUAAUUUAUGUGGAGUCACAGGCUCGCUUUCUAUCUUCAUUUGGUUUGGAGGGCAGACAUCUGAAAAAUCAGAGGUUUUAUACUUUUAUAUUUUGGAGCAGACUAAACUGUAAUUGAAACCAUGGCAACAUAAACAACUGAUCUAUUUAAACCAGGGACCAACAACAGUGAUUCUAAGAGCUCUGUCAGCAGAUAACUGAGAGGUGAAAAUACAGCAGAGUGCAGAACACAACACCAUCUUCAUCAAAGUGUGAUCACUGUGGAGGAGCACAAAACAGAGUUUAUAGAAUCAUGUAAAUUAAGUUGUUUGGAUUUCUGUGCAGUAUACCAGAUCAAGUAAAUAAGACAAAACUUUUUAAAAGUUGAAACAAUUUUCCAACCUGCUCUAAAAAAAAAAGCUCAGUUUAUUUUUGAAUUAAAUCUUUGAUCCUUUUGUUUUCUGUUCUCAAAAGAAGAGACUUCUGUGUGCUUGAGUUUGACUCAAAGGCACAACAUGUUGCUUUCCUUCAUGUUAGUUUGGAAGUAAUCUUACCUUUAAUAAUGAAUGACUCAUCAACUCUGUACUUGUUGAAUCUUUGAUCUAAGUGUAUUUUUUCCAUCUAUAAUAAGCUGUUUAUGUUAAAACAGUCGGUACAGGGAUCUGUUGUUCAAGCUGGCUCCUUAGUCUGUAAAAAAAUGGUAAUGCUGUGCCAUUUUUUAUUUUCUGUUCUGUUUUGAUUAGAAUAAUGGUCCUUCUAUUUAAUCUAUGUUGACUUCUUCUCUUUUUUUGUUAUUAUAUAAAGAUAAAAACUGUAAACAGCUCAGAAAGGAAAACUCCUCAAAAGAGAUAAUGUAUUUUAUGUGUAUUUGAUGUAAUUAAGUACAAAAACAUAUUUGGAGGUCAGACACAUGACAUCCUUAGAAAAUGUACCCUAAUUUAAAGUAAAUAGAAAAUCAUGAAUAUGGUUUAAAGUGCUCUUCUGACGAGGCUACAUGAUGUUUUAUUUUAUGUUUUUCAUGUUAAGUAACAAUCAAUGCUUUAAAACUGAUUCCAUUUACUCAAAACAUAACUCAGAGGGAUCUUCAGUUGUAUGGUCUUUGUUUGAUCCAUGGUGUCUCUAUCAAUAAUCACAAAAACAUGAAUAAAAUAUAUCCUUGCA